AUGGCCCAUGACGACAAGUACCAGUUGAACGCGGCCAACGUAUUAGAGGAGGAGCCUUCCUCCCAAUCUCCACAGAAUGGCUCUGUGGAUGAAACUCUGGUGUAUGCGCAGACGCGGACGCGCAGGCUGUUCAACGAGAAACAGCUGUUUGCAUUUUCCCUCGUUUACAUGGGAUCAUGGAACGCCGUUGGAGGGAACAUGUAUUAUGGCAUGUACAAUGGUGGUCCUUUAGCAUGGCUCAUCAGCUACAUCAUUAUCUUUGCCGGGGUUACUUGCCAAUCCGCUUCAUUUGGCGAAUUGGCAUCGAUCCAGCCCGUUGCUGGUGCCCAAUAUUAUUGGACCCAUCACUUCGCUCCCGCUUCCUCAAAGCGGUUAUUGACCUGGCUUCAAGGAUGGGUGACGUGGACGGCCUAUGUCUCCAUGAUGGCGAGCGGAAACAACUACAACAUCGCUAUUAUUGAGGGCCUGAUCUCGCUAAACAACCCAGACUAUGUCGUUGUGGGUUGGCGAACGACCCUCAUUUCCUUGUCUUUACUGAUCUUCUCCACGCUUUUGAACAUAUAUGCCUUCCGCAUCGUCCCGUGGUUUGAGCUCCUGGCGUGUGUUUUCAACAUAUGUCUGUUCCUGAUCGUCGUCGUCGUCUUCUACGCCAUGGCCCCACGCAAUAGCGCAGAGAUGUUUACUAUGACCAAUGUAUCGUCUGGGUGGGACAACUACUUUGUUGCGUCGCACAUUGGGUCGCUUUCAAACAUCUGGCUGUUUAUCGGCUUCGAAAAUGUGAUUCACAUGGGCGAAGAGACGAAAAAGGCGAAAAAGAUUGUGCCAAGAGCCCUCUUCUGGUCCAUUUUUACCAAUGGCGCGCUAGGAUUUGUCAUGAUCAUCACGCUGCUCAUCUGCAUGCCCCCCGUCGACACUCUCUUGAACUCGGCCAGCCCCAUUGUCGCUAUCCUUCUUCAUGUCACUGGAUCGGUCAAGGUGUCCACAGCAAUUACAGCCGGUCUGAUAGUGUUGAACCAGUCGGCCACCAUUGGCGUCGUCUCAUCCGUAUCCCGCUUGACGUGGGCCUGGGCGCGAGAUGGUGGCUUGCCACAGUACUUCAGCUAUGUCGAUGCCCGACACCACAUCCCUCUUCGAGCCGUUGUCCUCACCUCAACCCUCGUCGGCAUGCUCACUUUGCUGAAUCUCGGGAGUGCAACAUACAUUGCCCUCGGAGCCAUUACGUCCCUGUCGAGCAUGGCCAUGUAUCUCAGUUAUGGAAUGAUCCUGGCUGUUGUCGUUUACGCCCGUCUUACGCGUGGCAUCGAGCUUGGACAGUGGCACUGGGGCAAAUGGGGCAUUUAUCUUAACAUUGCCGCCUUGGUGUACACUGUGUACGCGCUGAUUUGGUUCCCCUUUCCACAGACGGUUCCCGUCAAUGCAGAAAACAUGAACUACAGUGGCCCCGUGCUCGGCGUGGUUUUCAUCGGCGCCAUUUCACUUUGGUUUAUGAGGGCUAGGAUUCAUUGGGAUGGUCCCAAUCGUGGUGUUGCCGACGAGGUUCUCCAACAUGGCGACUGA